AUGUGAUCUUGUCACGCUCUGUACGUCCAGUCUGCUGUAGUUAGCAGCUAGCCUUUCACCUGCUAAAUGCUGUUUGUAAAAUGUCACUUCUGCUUUGAAGACAUCGAUUAUUUUACAACAAAAUGGAAUCAAAAGGAACUUUUAAUACUGCAGGAUCCUCAGUGGACAUGACGCGCAGCGACGAGGAGUCCAUGGUGGACGGACCUCUCAUUUCGGCCGACGCCCUCCACUCCGCCAUCAGGAGAGAGUUUCACACCGUACCGACGGCCUGGCACGCCGCCCUGCUCUCUCUGUUGCACGUUGUGUUUGUGGUGCUGUCUGUGUGUGUGGCGGCGCUGUGUGUGCUGAAGUUGGGCCGGGAAGAUGUUUGCACCAGUGUUUUGGGUCCGGUGCAGGGCGACAGCGUGGUAGUCUUUGGCAAGGUGGGCCUGUGGCUGCUGGUGCUCUUGUUCACCUGGUGCGUGCAGCACCAUCACAGUCGGGCCCGGUGCAGAGGCUACCUGAGGUUCUACAGACAGACGCAGGGACUCAAGCACCUGCCUCUCACCGUCCACUCCGCAGGCAAUGUGAUGCUGUUGGUUGUCAUGGCUGCGAGACUGUCACCCACUGUGCACGCCUACAUGCUGCUCAGCAUUCUGGCCUUGGAGCUUUUGGUGGCCUUGCCCUGCCUCCUCUAUUACACAGGUCAACUUUUUUACAAUUUUUUUUUAUUGCUGACUUCAUCACCCUCGCAACCAAAAAAGCGCCUUGCAAUGUUUUUAACGCAUACAGAUUCACUUUGCCAUAACUGCAAUGAAACCUCUAUGCAGGGUGGUGGCCCACAUCUAAUUUGCUUAUAUUUUAAAACUAUUCUCUUAAAAAUAGCAGAGGUACAACAUUGGUAUAGCUGCACAUUACUUACAGAUACAGCCUCCGAGGCAGAAGCCUAUUAAAACGUAUGCUCUGUAUCGUACAGUGGCCGAGAAGUGCAAAACACUUAUUACAAUUACCCCACCCGGAAGGGGAUUGUAUCCCUGUUUUACCCUCAUUAUUCAAAUAUUUGAUCUGUUCCCUCUGCCUGGUAAGUACCAUGUAACUGUUGCAGAUAUAACAAUGGGCGGAGCGCCGUCAAGUGCAACACCUUUUGUUUUUAAUUUUGCACAAAGGCACGGGGUGGUGGAGUAUUUCAUCUGUUAGCACAGCAAAAAAAACUCAACAAAAGGCAGGGCGACUGUUCAUCAUGUGCGUCCAAUUGAGAAAUUGCGUCUCUUCCUGAAUUUGCACAGCCAUCAGAGGCGUUUGACUCGCUUUAUUGUCAUAUCCUUUACACCACAUGCUUCAGUUCCUUUCUGUCUUUAUUUGCGUCACGUGAUGUUUGGAUGAAUCUUAUUGAUUCAGCACAUUGCAAACCUCCAAAGACCUAAGCUACCAAAUCAACACCGAAGCGCUAGCCCAGGGGUAGGCAACCCACAGCCUCCUUUUUGUGGCUCCUUUCCUUCAUGACAGAAAGAGGGGGAAAAAAGGGUAUUUAUUCAUGAAAUUAUUUUUUAUAUAUUAUUUUACUUAUUUUAUGUGUUGGAGUUCGAAGUGAAACUUAAACAUCAAAUGUAAAAAAAUUGAUCAUUUGUCAAUUAUAAUAUGCUUCCCAUCCAUGUCUAUAACCCUUGCCUUUACCUGCAGGCAGCUUCUUGCGCGUGCAAUCCCCAUGUUGUUUUUGUUCAGCAGUAGUUUUGGUCUUGGAACUCUGCCAUGCAGGCCGUUUUUGCCCAGUGUCUUUCUUAUGGUGGAGUCAUGAACACUGACCUUAACUGAGACAAGUGAGGCCUGCACUUGUUUGGAUGUUGUUGUGGGGUCUUUUGUGACCUCUCGGGACCGGUUGUCACUGCGCUCUUGGGGUCAUUUUGGUUGGCCGGCCACUCCUGGGAAGGUUCACCACUGUUCCAUGUUUUGGCCAUUUGUGGAUAAUGGCUCUCACUGUGGUUGACUGGAGUCCCAAAGCUUUAGAAAUGGCUUUAUAACCUUUUCCACACUGAUAGAUCUCAGUUAAGGUAUGUUUUUUUUAAAUUAUUAUUAUAUUGAAGUAGGUUGCGGUUUAUUUAAAUUUUACACAAAUGAAUACGUGAAGGACUCAAAAAGGCCUCACAAACUGCACUUGUGUUUGUUGUAUUCUGCUGUUGUAACAGGUCAAAUUUAAAAAGACUAACUCUUGUGUUACGUUUGUCGCUUCAGACUAUUUUUCUUUAUUAUAAGACAGAGCAAAGUGUCUCUUUUCAAAGUAAAGGUUGCCAACCCCUGCACUAGCCUAAUGCAAAGUGCAUACGCACAACAAGCUCGUGUCCUCCCAUCAUCACCAUGGGCUUUACCAGCAUGGUACCAGCGCACAUGUAAGAUGAGCAGCAGUAGUGCACACACACACACACACACACACACACACACAACCCCCUAACACUGAGGACACAUUCACAUGACAAUGGCCACCCUGCCCUUUUCAAAGUGGACAGCAUGACAAUCAGGCAUUCAGCUCCAUCUUCCCAACCUCUUAUUCACUCGCUCCCUCGGCUGAUCUGCUGAUUUUUCACUUUGGGUGCACGACGCAACACAACGCAACGCAAUGCAAUGCCGUUCCAAGCUCAGUGAUGACGCUCCCCGCCUUUGUGCCCUUCUCCGCCUCCCGGAAGCCAAAGAAGAACACCUCAGCUAAAUGUAAAUGACCCCCAUCUUUCACUGUUCACGUCCCUUCUAUCACAGCUUAACACAGUUUUGUUUUGUUUUACCCAUAAUUCUUUCAUUCACUCAUCUCAAUGCUUACGUACAAAAACAAGUAGUUAGUAGAAGCUUGCCGCCUAAUCCAGAAUGAAACGAAUAUACUGCAAACAAUACAAAAUACACACUUUUAACAUAUUCAUUGUACUAUAAAAAGCCACAAAUGUUUUUUUUUUUUUAUUAAAAUAUUUAUAAAAAGUACAUUUGGAGAUACGUGCUGUUUAUCAGGCAUUGGAGGACAAACGAUCUCAUAUUUAGCCAUACUUUUAGCAAAAAAUUGUUAUUUAAAAAAAGUAAAAAAAAAUUAUAAGACAAAUCAAUACAUUGUCAAAUCUACAAUUUAAAAACAAUAUAUAUUUAUAAAUUAAAAUACUACUGUGGGAGAGUCUGUUAAGAUGAAUGAAAGGCCAAAAAUACACAGACAAAUGCAUACAACUUGUUUUAAUUAGUGAUAUAAAUAUUUCUAAAAACUAGGUUUUUUUAUAUGCACAUGCUGUUUUUCAGUGUGUUAUCUUCAUAUUCAGGCUUAUGAUCAGUAAUUAAGAUCAUUAAAAAAAUCAAUCAGCUUAAAAGUACUGGGGGAAAGUGGCAAAGUGGCUAAAAAAUUAAAAACAACACAUUAAAAAGACCAAAAAUGUACAGCUAAAAAUUAACUCUGUCUUAUUUGCAAAAUAAUAUCAAAUCUGUGCAAUAAUAAAUGAAUAGAGUGGCUAGAAAGUCAUGUGGGAAAUACAGUAUAUAAAGAUUAAUGCACAUGCAAGAUGGGAAAAAAACAAACUCAGAACAGUUGUGCACGUUUUGGUGAGUGUAAAGCACAUACUACAGUAUAUUGUUGCAAGCAAGUCAUAUGAGCAUGAGGAACAUUUAUAUACAUUAAUUCACACACAGACUUCUUUCUUCUUCUAUGGUUCGGGACGUCACGUUGGUUGCGUCUGCGUGUCUGUUCACAGCGCCUCACGUAGGUGUGCCUUGUGUAUUGCAUCCUUUUCACCCAGUCAUCCUUCCCAUCUGGAUGCAGCUACUAUGUACUAAUCUUGUGCAGUAUGUACGCCAAUGCCAGGACAGAAAAAACAAAAAAGAAAAUCAACUUUCCGGUGUGGACGGAGCCUGAGUGUCUGAAGUUAUUUUUCUUUUAUAAGCGUAUAUUAGCAUGAAAGGAUGAGAGGAUAUUGAUAGUGAAGACUUGUGUCUUGAAAGGAAAUCCAUAUUAAAGGAGUGUUUGGCCGCCACGGGGCGCAGAUUGGUGGCCCAGAUACCCGAGAGCCAAGCAGGUGGAGAUAAGGCGGGGGGGUGGGCAUUCGGGCUGAGCCUAGCCAAAGGGUAGCCCUCAGCAACUCCACACACACACACACACACACACACAUUGUCCCCACAUUUACAGUGAGGGGGUCAAUCCAUGUGGUUGACCACAUUCCAGCGCAGAUCAGUGCAGUGAGCCGCGACGCAAACCCAGCGACGCCUCGCUGCACAACCCUUCUAAAAGCACAAAUCAGCUGACACACACACAUGCAUGGUCAAGGUGACGUAGAUGCUUCGAGGGUGGGGGUGGGGGACCCUCAGAGUUGUCCAAGGAGCCAGUGAGCGGUCAGAAUGCCUGCAGCCAUCAAGACCAUACAGGAAGGCCUCGUUGUACUUCCCUUUGAAGUGCGUGCUUGAUUGUAAGUGUGCGUGUGUGUGUGUGUCUUUGAGGUGUGCUGUAUGUUUGUGCCUCUCAUUUGAACAUGAAUGCACUCAUGAAGCUCUGCUCUCCAGACCUCCAUGCACAUCAAAGCUGCAUGUUGGCCUUCAAAGGCUUCACUUGUCUUACAUCUCUCACUGCACCGCAUGGCCACCACCCGCUGGAAGCACUGCAGGGCGCGCGCACACACACACACACACAAACACACACACACCUCUGCAUGCCAAUGAAUUCUUGCAUUGACAGAUGAAGAUGUAGCAUUACAUUUUUUAUUGUGCUUGGAGUUUGCAGUUGAGGAGUUGACAGGGUAAUACACAAUGUUGACAAUGUAAUACACAAGGCACACCUACGGGUGGCGCUGUAAACAGACACGCAGACAGAACCACGUGACACACUAAACCAUAGAAGAAGAGAGAACGCAUGCACGUAUUUCGCUUUCCAAGGCUGGUCUAGACUAAUGAAAGGGGGGAAUUACCUCUGUGAGUCAUUUUGGGAAAUAAGACAAGAAAAUAUCGAGUGGAGUGCGUCGUGUCUGUCCACAUAUUCACAUAUUACGCUUGCUUGUCAUCAAAGCUCACUUCGUGACGGGUCGGCGAUGUCACUGUUUUCCGAAAGAAGCGCGUUGCUUGUCUACACAAAAACAACAAGCCGGUGUUUUCAGAUUUUCCCAGUGUGGAAACCAUUUUCAAAAAAUACAAUUUCGGGUCACCCAGGCCACCCACGCCGUUUCUGUGUGGAUGAAAGGCUGAAACCAUAAAUACUUUGUUUCCGUGUGGAUAGCCCCUCGUUGUCAGUGGUGUAGUGCUACUACUCAUGUUUGGCCUCUACUUGCUAGCUUAGCAGACAGACAUGUUGUCAAUAAAGAUUCCAUUUCAGAGCCUUUACUUUGAAACGUCAACAGAGAGAACUAAAGCAUGUCAAUCAUGACCAACAUACAAAUCAUUUCAUCAAUGAAAUGUGCUCUAAUCUUGACUGACGUAGUAGCAGUGGGUUUAUGCUAAUCAUCACAGUAGUGGAGUUCAGUCUUCCUCCUUGAAAUGUAACGCGUGUCGCAGACCAACUCGUGCCGGUGGCUGCGUGGGCCGACCGUUGGCACCUUUUUGCAGCCUCAUUGUUAUCACCUGGAAAUGUGCACUCAUCCAUGGCUCAUCGGCGUUCCUCAGAUCUGGCCAGCAUCCUGGUCUGAGCACUCUGACAAGGACGUGCCAAAUGUGGCACCUCUUUUCAACUGCUCCUCCCCAGCCUCCUCCCAGCAUCCCGCCAUCGUUUCUUCAUCCUCAUCGUGCCUUCUUCAGAUUGGACUUGACAAUAACAUGACUGCAGAUCUCAUGAAUAAACAAUACAGUGGUACCUUGGUUAACAUCCGCCUCCGGUUAGUACGUUUUUCGGUUAACAUCCCAUAUUUUUUUAUCAAAUUUUGCCUCGGCUUGCGUUGCUUCCUCCGCGUCCAAAAUACCGUCCGGUUUGUUUACGCCUCCAUCUUGGAUCACUCACCCAAGACGAAAUCUCGGAGACUUCCAAUCGUGGGCCGCAGGCACCACUUUAGGGCAGCAGCAUUUGUUUCUAUCAGAGUUGUGGAGAUACACGCGAUGGAACUGGAUCGUACCGAGGCAGGGGUGCAAGACCUCCCAAUUUUACGCCUCAGAAGAGAAGAGCGUCAUCAGUUCAGAGGGAUGUAAAUGUGACGGGUGCGGCUCAUUUCUGCUUCCAACAACAAGUAAAGGCAUCAUUAAUUAUUGGCGUUUUCAGGUCAAAACAACAAAGUAUUUUAUCCUUUCAGCCUCUCAUCCACACGGAAACGCCGUUCUGGCGGACCUGAACCUAUUUUUUGAAAACUGCUUCCAGAGUGGGAAAAACUGAAAAGACUGGCUCGUUGUUUCUGUAUAGACGAGCAAUCUGCUACUCUUUUAAAACGAUGACGUCAGCGGCCCGUCGCCAUCACAGCGCCACACGUACUGUAGUAUGGAUGCAACUAUUUACUAAUGCAACACUGUGUGGACACCAUUGUUUUUCCAGAAAAUAAUCUCUGGAGCGUUCCCAUGUGGACAUGCCUUAAAUGGGACGUAUCCAUACUCGAGUGUUGUCUUUCCUUUAAAAGCAGUGUUGGUCUUUGGUAGCCUUGUCUUUAGUAGUAAGACUAGUGGAGGUGCGUAAUUCCUGCCAGGCAGGAAUAGUCGAAGUGAAAGGUGCCUGAUCAGUCUAUUGUGUUAAAGGGCCCUCUCACACAACACAAGUGUUUACACACAUUGAGGGCUUCAUUAUGCAGGAAUGCGCAGCAUUUCUUUGUGUGGAGGUGCUGCCAUGGAGCAGAGCAAAGAUUUGUCCUCUUUAGAAUCUCCCGGACAUUUUCCUCUGACUAAUGACACUGGAGUCUUCCCAGUACCCCCUGAUAACCACUGACACCACCCAGUCAGUCUUCCAUGUUCAUCUGCGUCCCUCAGACAGCAGGUGAGCAGUGAUGUACUGUAGGUAGCACACUACAUUACACUACAAUCCAUUAUUGUUUGGGUGAGACACACACUUUUUAGCCUUCUGUCAGUUUCUGCGUUGUGUCACGUCUGUGUUGCGUAAGUACUGGAAUGAAACAAAACCAAAAGCACAAUCUAAUAAAUUGUUGAAGUAUAAUGUCAUGAUGCAGCGCUGUACUGGGUCCUGUGUGUCUUGCAAUAUUGAAAUAGCUGAUGGCGCUUCAUCAGGGUUUACCUAUCAGAACUGAGCACCACCGCAGGCGACUUUGCACUUGAUCUAUAACCAUCCCAAAUAUGCCUGUGAAUACUGUCAUUCAUCCGGGCCGUUGUAUUCUCAGGACAUUGAAUCUAUUGCAACGUGACUGUUCAGGUUGUCUUAGAAGACAUUUGGCCUCUCAUCUGAACAGGCUUCAUCCGUUCCUGCUCAAAGACCAGGUGGGACACACACUAGUCAGACUAGAUAGGAUACCUCGUUCCAGUCUGACGGGUGUGUGUGAUGAAGCUUGCUUGGAUGAAAGGACAAACGUCUUCUAAGACAACGUGAACAGUCCAUUUGUGAUGGAUUCAUUGCCCUAAGGAUCCCAAAUAUGGAAACAAGCUAGUUUUCUGCAGAGUACUAAUGAUUUAGCGAGGGCACACGGCACUGUUAUUCCUGUUCCAAUGGACAUGCACGCUAUCUGCUUUCUACUUAUAAUUUGCCAUGUUCUUCCUGGUGUAUCAGACUUCUUCUUCAGGAAUACACAGUGCACUUGAACGCCUCAUUAGCGUAAAGCGCUUAUUAGGAGGUCCGAACACACAUAAUGAAUUUGUCUUUCGCACAUGUGUCAAUGGAGAGCUGAGACACUGCAGGUUUUCUCUCCAACCAGUUCCUCCAGCAGGUGAUUUCAUUGAGCUCCUUCCCUCAAAUUUGAUGGAGGUGUUGAUCAUUAAAAUCACCUGUUUUAGUGGCUGGUUGGAAAGAAGACCUGCAGCGUCUCGGCCCUUCAUGGCACGAGUUUGACACCCCUGGUCUAUUGUCUCCCAACUCUAAAAGAAGCACUAUCCAUUCUUCAGAGACUGAGUCACCAACGUGUGGAUACUUUGUUUGGGCACUGUUUGGCUGUACAAUAACUGAAACAUCCCCCAAUACAUCCAUCUUCUUCCGCUUUUCCGCGAUGGGGUUGUGAGGGCAGCAGCCUCGGCUCCUCCCGGCAGAUCCCUCGGCAUUCCCAGGCCAGUUGGGAGACAUGGUCUCCCCAAUGUGUCCUGGGUCUUCCCCGAGGCCUCCUACCAGUCGGAUGUGCCCAGGGGGGCGUCCAGGAGGCAUGCUGGCCAGAUGCUUUGUUUGAAUACUGUUUGGCUGUACGAUAACGGAGCCAUAUUUUUGUCAAAAACUGGGCUGUACAAACAGUAUCGGUAUAGGUGAUACUGGCCCUGCAUUCACUUGAUAUUACAUUGAUACCAAAAAUUGUAGUAAAGUCGUCCCUCGUAUAUAGCAGUUAAUUGGUUCCAGGCUCGACUGCGUUAAGAGUUUCCACAGUAUAGGAUUCAAUGUUAACAAACAAAAUAUUUCUGUAGUUACUACUUUCUAAAUAAAUUUUUUUAACAUUAUUAGAGCCCUGUGGACAUGAAAUAACACCCCAUAGUCACUUUUACACUCCUAUUAGAAGCCAGAAACUUACCACUUCCACACGGAAUGGGAGGAUAACUUUUUUCCGGUCUGUGAUGUGGGACAUACCAUGGCUGACUUCAUGCAGUGUUAUGGUAAUGUCAUGUAAGCUAUCGUGUCAUUACUGCCACCUAGUGACCACAAUCCUACAUAUCACUUGUAUUUACAUGACCAAUAAUAAUAGACCAUAGUCAAUUGGAUAUACUGUAGUAUUGCCAUGCCUGUGGAGUGACACACGUGGACUCCUGCGCUCACAGUACGCUCCACACCUUGACGCUAGGCCCGCCCCUGCCCCCCUUGAGUAAAGGUGUAUGUUUAGGGCGUGAGAAUUAGAGCUUUAAGUGCAGGAUAUUGCAGCCCGUAACAACUAAGUGUGGGUUAUAACAGCCCGUGUGUGUGUUUUUAGAAGAAGGUGAGGUUUGGAGAAGUGUAAAAAGUCAUUAGGCAGUGCAGGCAACUCUCGCUGCUCGUUGGUGUGCUGAUUUGAAAAGGUUUCAUUUCAUUUCACCAGUCAUAGUCA